UGGAUAAACCCCCGACGGCAUGUCCGGAGAACGGCGGUUCAGAUAGGAAGAAAAUGUUCAUGGGAAGAUUGAUGACGGAGAAGAAUAUAGCUUGGAUGGGGUGGUUUGCCCACGGUAUUCCGUGUUUAGCGUUAGCGGCGCCAGUCGUGCGAAUGGUCGUCUGGCACGGGUGCACGGAAUUUGAAUCGUACGCGGUAGCUUUGGGUUUAUUAAACGCAGUUUUAGAGGCGUUUAGAUACGUGCCGCAAGUUUGGGAGUCUUGGAAGUUCCAAGGGAGUGGAAGCAUGUCUUACGCGCGUUUGGUGUUAUCAGUCGCGGGAGGUUUAGGCGCGUGCGUCCAAAAAGCGAAAAUGCACGAAAGCGCGAGUACCUGGGCGCCGCCGUUAGUCGGGCACGCUUUAGAGAUGAUUAUUUUGGUGAUUAACUUAUAUUACGACGCGAUUAAACGGAAAGAGAAGAAGAAUAGCAGGGAGAAAGAAGGAUACGUCGUAGGAGUCGGCGUUGGCGACAAAAGUCUCGCGAACGAACGCGAGAGCUUACUGGUCCACGACGCGCCUUCCGAAAUUUCGGAAGGCGUUGACGACCACUCGGACGAGGACGACGCGCGCUCCCAAUUCUCCUACGCGACCGCCGAUGUGGAGUCCUCCGCCGCCGCCAGGAACACCAACAAGAACAACACCAAGAAAAAACCUUCCAUCUUCAUGUCCCGAAAGGCCAAGAAACAACUCGCGGUCCAACAGGCGGAACUCCGCGUAAAAGAGGAGCAGGUGUUUCUCGACGCCAAACGCGAGGAGUGGGUGGAAGAGUUCCCGGAAGAUAAGAGAGAACACAUCGGGUACUUUUGCCAUAACUUGAGAAAUAACCCGAAGUUUUGGAAAGGAUUAGUCAAAUACAUGUAG